AUGCCGAGCGCGGGGGAUAGCCCGCACCACCCCGGGCCGCCGUGUCGCCAGCGCCGCGCCCCUCCCCUUGCGAUCCCGGCCGCGCACCGGGUCCCCGCCACCGCCUGUGGGGGCUGCUGGGCCCCCCCGCAGCUCGCAGGGGAGCCACCGCCGCCCGGCCCCGCCCUGGCCCCCGCCGCGCCGCGCGCGCUCCAGCAGAGGAACCCGCCAGGGGCGGCCCCCGCGCCGCCCCAGGCCCCGCCCGCCGUGGGGUCGCCCGCGCCGCCCGCCGGCGCCGCGGUCUCCGCUGGGCCGCCCCCCCCUCUCCCUCCUGCGCGACUCGCGGAGGGAGGGCCUCCGGCUCGACCGAGUCCCGCCCGCCCGGUCCCGGCCCCCCGCCGGUUGCUACAAGCGGGCUUCCACGGUGAUACCACACCUCCCCAGAAAAUGCGUCCGCCGGAUCGCAAAAGAAGCCACGCCCUCUGGCCCAUUCAAACAAACCUUGAAGUUCUGCCCAGGAGACAGGAAUGUGCUUUCGUUCCAUAA